CUUUAAAUCACCAUCAAAGAAAUUCCAAUUUUCUCGGAUUUUCUUUCUAAAUUUUUAUUCUCACAAUCCCUAAAACCCUAGCCCUCUUUCACGCAACUUCAGCUCAAAGCUCAAGCUCCUCUGUUCCUCCUGCCUGAGGAGUGUUUCAGACAGUGCUUUUGAUGACUCUGCAAACACAGCUGCAGACAAGCUUAAACGAAGCUGUAUCUACUGACUUUGAUGGUGAAAUAUCAAAAACCCUAAUUUAAUUUUUCUUUUCCUCUGGGGGUUUUCAUCAUCAAUGCUCACACAGUACAGUGGGUAAGCAAUAAAAAGUCCAAAGUCCCAACCUUUACUCCUUUAAAUCCCAAUAAAACCCAUACAAAAAAAAAAAAACCUUUUAGAUUUUUAAUUUUGGGGGAAACCAAAAAAAAAAAUGCCCUAAAUGGUUAUAGAAAAGCUUAGGAAUGAGAUUAUUGGUGAUGAUGAAAUGAUUGGAGAUCUGAUGAAGAACAACAAUGGCGACGUCGUGGACAACAGCAAUAACAGGUUAAGCCGGUGGCAUCACAACUCUUCAAGGAUCAUUAGGGUUUCGAGAGCUUCCGGUGGCAAAGAUCGACACAGCAAAGUCUGGACUUCCAAAGGCCCACGUGACCGGCGCGUCCGGUUAUCAGUCUCCACCGCUCUUCAGUUCUACGAUCUUCAAGACCGGUUAGGCUACGAUCAGCCCAGCAAAGCCGUCGAAUGGCUCAUCAAAGCUGCGGAGGAUUCCAUCUCCGAGCUCCCUUCGCUCAACAACACAAAUUUUCCGAUGAACGAUGACGACAACCAGAUUCCGACACUAACUGGUGCUUCUCCUACCGCUGCUGCUGCGGCUAACUCGUUGUCUAAAUCGGCUUGUAGUAGCAAUUCGGACACGAGCAAGAACUCUUCUGGUUUGUCUCUUUCGAGGUCGGAGAUGAGGGAUAAGGCUAGAGAGCGAGCUAGAGAGAGAACAGCUAAAGAGACCAAGGAGAGAGACGGUAAUAACAACCACCAUACGACUUCGUUUACCGAUCUGUUAAAUUCCGGUUCAGAUCCGGUUAACACUAACCGGCAAUGGAUGGCUCCUUCUUCAUCGCCUGCUCCUAUGGAGUAUUUCAGCUCCGGUUUGAUUCUCGGGUCGGGUCAGACCCACUUCCCGAUCCAAACAAACUCUCACCCCUUCUCCGAUCAUCAUCAUCAUCCUCAUCAAGAGUUUUCCUUCGUUCCCGACCAUCUGAUAUCUCCGGCAGGAUCCAACGGCGGUGGAGCUUUCAAUCUCGACUUCAACAUGUCGACAACCUCCGUGGCGUCCACCGGGUUCAGUGGUUUCAACAGGGGGACCCUUCAGUCCAAUUCAACAAAUCAUCAUCAGUCUUUUCUUGCCAAUCUACAGAGGUUUCCAUCAUCAGAAGGUGGUGGUGGAGGUCCACAGUUCUUGUUCGGUACCGGUAAUGCACUGCCUGCAGAGAAUCAACACCCGCACCACAACAACAACAACAAUCACCAGUUUCAGCUUUACUAUGAGAAUGGAUGCAGAAACUCAGACCAAAAGGGUAAAGGCAAGAACUGAUGAUACUCUAUUACCAUUUGCAUCUGUUGUUUUAUGUUUCUUUGAUUUGUGUUUGCUUCAUUCAUCACCCAAGUGUCUAUCUUCUGAUUAUCAUCCUUAAUGUGUGUUAAAUCUGUUUAGAGGGGUUCCCUUUUUUGUUUAAUGUGUCCAAUUUGGAAAUCUUUUUUGAAUUGGGUUUGUAAUGUUGUAUUUGUGAUAAUAUCAAUUUGUUUGUGGUUUAUUAUUUUUGGCAUGAUUU